AAGUAGGCUCCUCCUGGCGAGGAGGAAAGGGACAUUAUCUUCCCCGCUUCCUCUUCCCAAAUCAUGAUUUGGUCAUAUCUACACCAUGUUUUUACACGCUUGCCUCAGGCAACAAUAACAGAUCUACCUCACAAGCCAAAGAGUAUUGAAUUCAGAUCAAUCGAAAAAGAUGACCAGCAAGAGACAUUUGACCUCGGAUCAUCCGACAACGAGGACAAACAGGAGUUCCCAAUCUACAACGUACUGGCUCCCAAAAAGAAGCGGACCGUGUACAUAUGGGCGUGCUGCUGCUGUCCUACUUCCGGGAUGAAAGUUUCGACAGUCGAUUGUCCCGGGUGUGGCACGCCUCGAUGCCCUUACUGCCGCGUCGAGAAGAAGACGAUCCGGGGAUAAACGAAAAACCCUGAGGGUACUGAAGGGGCAAAAUGUUGCUUAUCCAGUUUAGACGAAUGUGAUUGCUACCACAUGUUAAUUUUAUAUGAAUUUGAUCAAACUCACUUUAUAUU